AUGCGCUACGUGAAACAGCAGCCAGAGGCGGCACCAACCGGCACCCUGUUCUUCAGACGGUGGCGUAAUAUAGCCGAGCGGAAUGACACGCCACCAUUAUUUCACGAAGUGGGGAUUGAGAGUACUACAGGCAACGCUGACCGAGGGGUAGCGCCAGUGUUUGAAGACGUCCUUGAUUUCUUAGGUUCCAGAGGAAAAUUCCAGACUAGACUGAAUAUCAUAUUUAAUUGCUUUGGUCCAUUUGUCAACCUACUGAGCGUGUACGCCUUCCAUCUUGCCAUGCAAACUCCUGAUCACUGGUGUUACGUACCCGGGAAAGAAAACACUAACUUCACACUUGAUGAAUGGAAGAAUAUUACAAUUCCCAAGCUUGGCAGACGACCGCAGCAGUUCCUGUGCCUGGCAUUCCACUUCGCCAGCAGAGUCACACUGAUCGUGUCCCCGUCUGUGCUUGUACUCUUCACCCUGGCGGAGUCAUUGGCUGCCUCAGCAUCUGGGCCUAUGUUCGAGUCAGCGCUGUCCAUCGGCCUGGAACUCACGGACGUCAAGCACCGUUCUACCAUCUGUGCCAUGGCGUGCAUUAGCACCGGCGUGUCGAUGAUUAUCAGUGGCCUACUUGCCUGGGUUUUCCGCAGCUGGAUCUAUUUCCUUCUUUUCCCAGGACUAUGCUGUCUUCCAAUGUUUCUCUUUUGGAGGUGGUUCCCCGAGUCGCCGCGCUGGCUGGCCUGCAGAGGCCGCGAGCAGGAGGCGCUGACCGUACUGCGGCGCAUCGCCGCCACCAACGGCUCCGCGGUCGCCCCGUUCACCUCACGGGUGCUCCACGCCGUGGCGAAGAGCAAACGGGACCGGAAGGGCUUCCUCAGCAUCUUCUCCAGCUGGAACCUUCUCCGAAACACACUGGUGCUCAUUGUUGCUAGGGCGGUGUACCUGCUGACGUCUCUGGCGCUGGUGCUGAGCGUGGGCUUGCUGAGCGUCAACCCCUUCCUGACGGUGUCCGCGCAGGGCGUGGCGCAGCUGCCGGCCUUCAUCGCGGUCCACUACUGCGCCUCCAGGUUCGGCCGGCGCUGGUCCGCUGCCGCGUGCCCACUGCUGGCCGCAGUCGCAGGGGCCGUCCUCGUGCUGAUGGUGACCACGGGUACUUCCGGCAUCGCCCUGACCGCGGUGGCCUUUGCGAUGCAGUUCUUCACAACUGCGAGUGGUAGCAUAUCACACUUGCAGAGCGCGGAAGUGCACCCCACGUGCCUCCGGCAGAUUACUGCCAGCCUCGAAUGGUCGAUCGCUGCCAUCUUUCUCUCCUUCCUUCCGUACAUAGUAUUCAAGGCUGGAUCUGUAGAUGAACGGCUGCCAUUUGCCAUCCUCUCGGCACUCAAUGUACUGGCGGCUGUUUCCGUGUCAUUCUUGCCAGAAUCAGCUCUGCAAAGGCUGCCGGAGACUCUGAAGGAUGCUGCAGUCUUUGGACGAGGUCGUCGGUACUGGAGCUGGAAGCCUAAGCCACCACCGAUUUCUACAACGGAGCAACAUGUUCUCACAUGA